GAUUCGCUCCUCGCAACAAAGAUAAUUAUUAUUUAUAGUAUUUUGUUUAAAACUAACAAAUUGUUAUGUGUUAUUUAAAACCCACGUACAUUUCGAUUAUAAGUCGUUCUUUGCAUCAUAUUUAAGUGAUAUAAAAUACAUCAGACACACAACUGAUACAUUUAUCAGAUUUAACAUAAUUGUAAAAGCAAGAUGAUUUUUGCAUAAUAUGUCGAAAAUAUUGGUACCUGUUAAAGAACACACAUAAACUGUUCUGGAAAGUUUUUUUGUGUGCGUUGGUUGUCCAAAGAUGAGGGCUGUAUAUUCCAAAAAUCUUUUUCAAUACCUAGCAGCGUUUUCGGGUUCCUUUAACCUAAUUAGUUAUGGUGUGGUCAACGGAUGGACGUCGCCGUUUCUACCGUAUCUAACCUCAGCAAUCUUCAACAAUACCUGUUACUAGUGAACAGGGAUCAUGGAUAGCUAUAAUGAGUGCAAUGGGUUGCCCAUUAGGUGCAAUUUUGGGAAGUUAUUUAGGAGACACAUUAGGUAGAAAAAAAUCCGUUCUUAUGGUAGCUCCAAUAGCGUUCUUAGGAAAUAUUUGGCUGGCAUUUGCAAAUGAUAUUUGGAUGUUAUUUGCUAUAAGAUUUAUUAUUGGAGUAGCAGAUGGAUUCAGUUUUACUGUAUUUCCGGUAUAUAUCGGAGAAAUAUCUUCUCCAGAAAUUAGAGGAUUCUUGUCCUCACUUCCAACUUUAAUGUUUCUUUUUGGUAUUUUAUUUAUUAAUAUUAUUGGUUCCAUCUGGAAUAUUUUUACCUGCGCUAUAAUAUCAUCAAUUAUUCCCCUACUACACUUCAUUACCUUUAUAUUUAUGCCUGAAUCGCCAUACUGGUAUAUUAAAGUUAAACGAUACGAUGACGCAGAAAAAUCUUUGCAGAUACUACGAGGAGAUAAGGAUGUUAAAAAACAAUUAAUGGUUAUAAAAGAAACUAUAAGGGAAGAGGAGGAAAGAGGUAAACCUAAAGUUACUGAUUUAAUUACAGUUCCAAGUAACAGACGUGCCACUAUUAUUACUUUUCUUAUAGUUUUACAAAAUAAAGCUAGUGCCAAAAGUCCUUUAUUGUUUUUUACUAAAACCAUAUUUGAAAAAACUGGAAGUAAUAUUAGUCCGACAGUAUCUACAAUAUCAUACUCUGCAGUAGAAAUGUUGAUAGCUGCUCUAACAUGUUUUUUCAUUCUUGACAGAUUCGGCAAAAGAAUCUUGUGUAUAAUUUCGACUACUGGGUGUAUUAUAACCCUUUUAGCUAUUGGUAUUUAUUUCCAAUUAGAUGAUAUGAAGAGUGAAUGGCUUGCUUACUUAAAUUGGUUGCCCCUAACGGCUCUAAUUUUAUAUAAUAUUUUUUAUAAUGUCGGUAUAUCCUUUGCUCCGUUUUGUUUCGCAUGUGAGUUAUUUCCAACAGGAGUCAGGGCUAAUGCUCUUACAAUGACUGAGUUGUCUAUGUCCAUUUGUACUGUAAUAACAGGAAAAGCAUUUCAUUGGCUUGAAAGCUAUUACGGUUCAUUUGCUAUACCGUUUUUUACGUUUUCGGUUCUAAGUUUAUUCGUUUUUGUCUUUGUAAUUAAGCUUACUCCGGAAACUAAAGGAAAGUCUUUGGAAGAAAUUCAGCUUUUUCUGAAAAGUAAAACAAAAUAGAAUGCAAUACAACUUUGUACUUUAAUAUUGACAAUAUAUUUAUUAAUUAAAAGGUGUUAGUAUUUUU